AUGGCCAUCCUCGAUGAGCGAGGCCUGAGAACUUUCCGGAAGCCCCAUCCGUGUGCCGUGAGUGAGUGCACGCUGCUGAGAUUCUUCAAGCCAGAGCAAGGGUGUCCCAAAGGGGGCCGGCUCCACCAAGGGGACCUCUUCCAAGAGCUGGCCAGUGUGGGCGAGGCCCGACCCCCACGCCAAAAUGCACACCCACCGGGUGACUGGAGCAGGCUGCUGUGCCCUGGGGUGCUUCGAACCUGGGAUCUUUUCCCCAGAGCGGGCUUCUGGGGGCUCAGGACGCAGAGGUGGGAGCUGUGGGCCCCGGCCGCCCUGACCCUCCUCUCGGCACAGGCCUUUCCAACGGACAUCAGUAUCAGCCCAGCCAUGCCAGCACUGCCCCAGGCUUCCCUGCGCCCGCUGUUCUGGAUGGAGUUCAAAGGCCACUGCUACCGGUUUUUCCCUCUCAAUAAGACCUGGGCCGAGGCUGGCUUGUACUGUUCUGAGUUCUCCGCCAGCAGGAGGUGCACCAAACUGGCCUCCACCCUCAGCUGGGAGAAUGUCUUCAUGAAUGACCUCAUGAACAGCUGCGUUCCUGAGAUCCCAGCUGACACCUGGACGGGCCUUCACGACCACAGACAGUGGCCGCCAGUGCUUUGGGCAGACUUUUCAAAACACUGGAUAUAUGGAGAAAUGAGAUCAUGGAAUGACAGCACCUGCAGCCGGAAGUCUUUUGUUUGCAAGAUUGCAUCUCUGACCAUUCAUUGA